AGAUAUUUUUUAUAUAUAUUCAUAGAAUCGCGUAAUUGAAAAUUCCUAUGAACAGAAAAUAAUGAUUUGGAGAUUUCCUUAUAGGCGUGCCGCCGUCGAAAUGAAAACCUUUCGCGUUAUUCAUUAGGUAUACAACAUCGAUGAAAAGGGUGGAGACACCGCCUUUGUUCUAAACUACCACUUUGAUUCGAAUUAUCAUGCUAACAAACACCAUCCAACUAAGGGAAAUCGAUUAAAGCAAUAAAUAAUGACAGCGUUUACCAAUUUCUUAAGAAAUUGCUUCAUUUCUUAGGCAAUACCUCCGAUUGCUUUCCAUUUUGUCGGUGUUUUUUAGCGGAGGCUCUGAAAUGCAGCCAGCAGUGUUCGAGCGAGCUGCCCCUCCCCCGCAGCACAGCUUCGCAAAGACACUCCUGCGCGCAGCAACGGGCUGGGCAGUGGAGAGAGCGCGCGCGAGAGCGAGAGGCAGCACCCUUGUCAGGGAAAAGACAGCAGCGCGGUGGAAAAAAACAGCACAGACAAAGGAAAACAUGGAUAUAUCGGUGAAUUGCCAGGUUAAAAAGAAGCGGGAGAGGAUGCUGUGGUCGUCUUGCACAUAGCGGGGUAAAAUACAACCAUCUUUUUUAAUGUGGUGGUGGGAGGAAACGUACUGCAAGCUAAAAAGACGGAAAACUGUUUUUAAUCCGUCUGCGGAUUCUGUGAGCUUGCGAUGGCUCGUAUAGGGUGCUGUAACAGCAUAAAGAAGAAUGUGCCUAUUUAUUUCUAUUUGGUGUUUUUAUUAUUCGGUGGCCUUGCAUCUGCACAAAUACGGUACUCUAUUCCCGAGGAACGAGAAGACGGAACGGUCGUUGGAGAUAUUGUGCAGGAUUUGGGUCUCGAUCUCCGAACUCUCUCCUCGCGACGGAUUAAAAUCACCUCGGACAGCGCAAAGAGGUAUUUCGGUAUUAAUCACAAAACUGGAAAACUGGUUGUGAAUGACAGAAUAGACAGAGAGACGCUUUGCGAGUUUAGUAGCACAUGCCUUUUAAAUCUGGAGGUGGUGGCUGAAAAUCCGUUUGAAGUACAUAAUGUGGAAGUAGAAAUACUGGAUGCGAAUGACAAUGCGCCGCAGUUCUCAAGAGACGAAUACCAGCUGGACGUUUCAGAAUCGACUUUACCCAGGGCUCGUUUUCAUGUCGAGAGCGCGCAAGAUCCGGAUGAUGGCUCCAAUUCUAUUCGGCAGUACCAACUCAGUCCAAACGAAUUAUUUGCGCUGGAAUCCAAGAAACCCUUGCCAAACAGCAAGCUGGUUGAGCUCGUGCUUAAAAAGGCUCUGGAUCGCGAGCAGAUACCUUUCCAUCAGCUCAUUCUGACCGCCAUAGACGGAGGCUCUCCUCAACGAACUGGCACAGCUAAAAUAAACGUGCGUGUUUUGGAUUCCAAUGACAAUGUCCCAGUGUUUGACAGUUCAGUAUACAAAGUGAAAUUGUUAGAAAACUCGCCAAAGGACACUCUUGUGAUAAAGCUAAAUGCAACAGAUGCAGACGAGGGCACCAAUGGAGAGGUUAUCUACUCCUUCAGCAGCUACACCCCAGAGAGGGUCAGGCAAGUGUUCAACAUGGACCCAAAUACAGGGGAGAUCAGGGUCAGGAGUCAGGUGGACUAUGAGGAGACCAGCUCCUAUGAGAUGUACGUCCAGGCUAUGGACAAGGGUGCCGGAGCGGAGGCCGUGCACUGCAAAGUGGUGGUGGAAGUCGUGGACGUGAACGAUAACGUCCCGGAGAUCGUGCUGUCCUCCCUGUCCAGCCCGGUGCGGGAGGACGCCCGGGCCGACACCGUGGUGGCCCUGAUCAGCGUGACGGACCGCGACUCCGGCCCCAACAAGCAGGUGAGCCUGGACAUUCCUCCGGGCCUGCCCUUCAAGGUGAAGUCCUUCCGGAACUACUACACCUUGGUGACGUCCGCUUUCCUGGACCGGGAGGACACCGCCGCCUACAAUGUCACGCUGAGCGCCACCGACUCGGGGACGCCGCCCCUCUCCUCCAAGAAGACCAUCCAGAUCGACGUGGCCGACGUCAACGACAACCCGCCGCGCUUCGAGCAGACGUCCUACACCGUGUACGUGGUGGAGAACAACACCCCCGGGGCGUCCCUGUGCACCGUCAAGGCCCAGGACGCCGACAUCAACGAGAACGCCCGCAUCACGUACACCGUUCUCAACGACAACAACCACGGCAUCCCGGUCACCUCCUACGUGUCCGUGCGGGCGGACACGGGCGAGGCCUACGCCCUGCGCUCCUUCGACUACGAGAGCCUGCGGGAGUUCCACUUCCAGGUCAAAGCGCAGGACGGCGGGAUCCCGCCCCUCAGCCGCGUGGCCACCGUCUACAUCUACGUGCUGGACCAGAACGACCACGUCCCCGAGAUCGUGUACCCGCCCGCCAACGGCACCCGCACCACCGAGACGGUCCUGAAGAACGUGGAGGCCGGGCACCUGGUGAUGAAGGUGGCGGCGUACGACGCCGACGCGGGACGGAACGCCUGGCUGCUCUACAGCCUGGAGCAGGCCACCGACCCGGACCUGUUCAAGAUGCACGAGCACACGGGCGAGAUCCGCACCACCCGCAAGAUCGUGGAGGACAACUCCACCUUCUUCAGCCUGAUGGUGGUGGUGCGGGACAACGGCGCGCCUUCGCUGUCCUCCACUGCCACCGUCAACGUGGCGGUGAUGGAGGUGCCGCCCAAGAUGACCCCUGACCCCAAGAAGAUCAUCAAGCCGCACAGGACGCUGAUCUUCUCCAACGUCACGCUCUACCUGAUCGUGGCGCUCAGCGCCACCACCUUCGUGUUCCUCCUGACCGUGGUGGUGCUGGCCAUCGUCCGCUGCCACGCCUACUGCACCCAGUCCGGCUCCUGCUGCCCCUGCUGCACGUCCCAGAAGACCCCGCCUCAGACCGGCGCCGCUGGCGGCGGGGGAGGCGGGGCCAGCGGGCAGCAGCCCAACAACAACGUAGUGCUGCGGCGCGACCUGAAGGUGGAGCCGCACUACAUCGAGGUGCGGGGCAACGGCUCCCUGACCAAGACUUACUGCUAUAAGACCUGCCUGACCGCCACGUCGGGCAGCGACACCUUCAUGUUCUACAACACGGGCUGCCCGCCGGGGGGCACCAUGGGCUCGGAGCGCUUCUUCACGGGCCAGAGCGGCCAGAUGUUCGUCCGGAGGCUCAGCAUGCCGGACGCCGCGCUCCAGCCCAAGCCCCCGAAUGCAGACUGGCGCUACUCGGCCUCGCUGCGAGCUGGAAUGCAGAGCUCGGUGCACAUGGAGGAGUCCUCGGUGAUGCAGGGUGCUCAGGGGGUCCUGGUGCAGAACUGGCCCACCGUCUCCAGCGCUGCCGAUGCUGAGGGUGGCGAGGUGUCGCCCCCCGUAGGUGCGGGCAUUAACAGCAACAGCUGGCAGUUCCGCUACGGCCCGGGCCCCGGCCCCCCGCAGCACCUGAAGCCGGGCGAGGUGCCCGAGGCCUUCAUCAUCCCGGGGUCGCCCGCCAUCAUCUCCAUCCGCCAGGGCGCCGGCGACGGAGACGACAAGGGCGACUUCAUCUCCUUCGGCAAGAAGGAGGAGAAAAAGAAGAAGAAGAAGAAGAAGGGCAAGGAGAAGAAGGAGAAAGGAAAGGACGACGGAGAGGAGUAGGGAGGGGCGUUUAAUACAGAGCUACCAACUAAAGACCAAACGGCAGAGCAAAAAAAAGAAAAAAAAAAGAAAAAAGAGAGAGAAACAAAAAAAGAAUCAAAUAUGAUGUUAAACUUGUACGUGCAGGGAGAGCUCCCUGCAUUGUUAACCCAGGGCAACAGCAUUCAAUUCCAAAUACUUCCAGAAAUUUCUGCCCUGCCAUCCUGGCACCACACACAAGGGCUGCCUGUCACAGAAGGCUUGCCUCUCUAACAGAAGGGCUGCCUCUUGAUGCUCCACAUUAAGAUGGUGCCCCUUCUAUACCACCCCCCCCCCCCCAAGAAAAAAAAAGAUCCCCAGAGAGGCUCUCCUUCCGGCCUGAUGUUGGCACCUCUGUCUCUCUCCUCCCGCUCGCUUCCUUCCUGUUCUCCCUGACAGGAAGGGCUCACAUUUGGCAGAGAGCUGCACGCUUGCCCUCAGUGCUUCACAUCAAUCAAAAGAUAAAAUGUAAAAAAAAUAAAAUAAAAUAAUUUUAAAAAAGGGAACAAAAGGUUAAAAUUUGCUAUUGGAGCAGGACACAUGCAGCAUUUGUAAAUAAAGCAGGAAGGAAAAGCAGCGCAGGCCCCACCUUUGAGAAGGCUGCAUCCAUGCACACUUUUUUUAAAUUAUGUGUUCUGAGAGGGUGAUGACGUACAGCAGUCUGCACAAGAACCACUGUGCCUGACACACCCGAGGCUCCGCCCCUUAACCGAGCAGGUGUCCGCGGCGGCCUUCAUCCGCUCGAAAACCCGGGGUUGGCCAAAGGGCCCUGUGUACCAGCAUCGUACCCAGACACCCUCAGGCUGAGGGAGAGAGGAAGGAAGAGGAGUCUUAGAAAUAUUUUUCUACCCAAAGCGAAGAAGAGAGAAUAAAAGAGUUUUGGGGGGGGGGGGGGGGACAGGUGGGAACGACAGGGUUGAAAUCUCUCCUCUCAGAGAACGCGUAGAACGAGGUUCGGUUAGACGUGGCCUGCGCUUAGAUGGCGGGGGUUGUGUGGGUCUUGUAAUAUAGCAGGAAUGUUUCUCUCUUUUUGAUUUUUGAAAAGAUUUUCCUUUUCUCUUUCGGUCGAAGCCUGAUUCCGCUCUGAAUGUUUUGUAGUUGUCCUUGGCUUCAUGGUGUUAAACGCUUCUCUCCUCGCGCGCUGUCUCUUUGCUCUUCGGUGAUUCAUUCGGCACAUUCAAGGGGACACUCUCUCUCUCCUGCCCCAAGUCCCAAAGUAGGACUCCCCGCCAGAUAACCUUGAGGGUCCUGGCUUUUUUGAUAAUUUACUCAUCGAUUCCGACAGCCUCUUCACUGAACCCUAUAUGCUUUUUUUAAAACGAUGAAUAAGAGAACUGAAAAAACAGUCCAACCACAGCUAAUCUACUCUGGCUGCCCAGCUUUGCCUGAUCUUCAGUGCUGUUUAUUUCCUGCUCAGAUUUUGAGAGAGGGGAAAGGUGCAGUCGGUUGUGUUCUCUCUUUUCAUACCAGAUUCCACAAGGGAAGUGUGCUGUGAGUCUGGAGUUUUUUUUUCAGAACUCUAUUAUGAGAGCUAAUCCACUAAUUAGUGUUUCUGAGAGCUAAUGACUAAUGACUUUUGACAAAUCAACAAGCAACAGCAUUAGGCAAGAGAGUAGUUUUCCUUCUGCCUUGGCUAGGAGGUAACAAGAGGUGGACUGCUCAACACGGUAUUGCCUUCUUCAAAUUGGUUGCUUCCUUCAAUUCACAUUAGAGUUCUGCUGCGUUUGGGUUAAUAUAAUGUAAGUAAGCAUGCCCAUCUAAACUCUAAUUUUGUAAUUAAUGUCAAAGAAAUGGGACAAAUUUGAGUCCAGCUGAUGACAAAUUCUAAGAAACUGGCUUUAAUCAUCAAAACAUUAUCACUUUUCGGCAAGUAUGUUGGCUGUCUUUCUUCAAGAACAGCAGCAGUCUGGGAAGACAGUUUGACAAAUUAAUAGAUAAAAAGGAGAUGCAUUUGGAACAUCAAAGUCUCUCCAUGCAAUUUCUCUCCCUUUCUGUUGAUCUGUUUCUGCAUAAACUGAUCAGUUCCACCAAGGGUGGAGUUAAGUUUCUGCUCCGCUGCUAUUGGAUGGCUUACCUGUUUGUCUGUAGACACUCACAGACUCCACAGAUCAAUACUGUCACAUCGAUGGCUGUUGCAUGUACUUAUCAGAGGAAACACAUAUUGUAUAGAAAUGUAUAUAUAGAUAGUUAUGAUUUUAUUAGUAUUAUUUUCCUUCAUUAACCAUACAAAAUAUACGUGAGCCUACAAUCUCAAAACCACGUCUACGUUUUACACAGGAAUCAUGCUCUGACGUGUCUCAGACUGACUCUAACUAACCUUAUUGAUAUGUGUAAUGCUAUAGUGUGAUGCCCUCAAUUGCAAUUCUCUCCCUUUUUUUUAAUCAACAAUUUUUUGUUUUUCGGGACAAACAAAAAAACUAAAAAAUAAAAAAAAACCUUUUGUGUUAGGCAUUUGACAUGAUGAUUUUACUAACACUGUAACGUGAAACUGAGUUAUGUAUGCUCCUAUGAAGAGACAUCCUCCCCUUUCUCCCUUUACAAAAUAUGAAAAACAAAAGAAAAGAAAAAAUAUAACGGCAAAAAAAGGUAGAUGUGGUGUAUAUAUGUAGUGUACGCUUGUUUAGUGGUGUAUGGUCCCAUGGACAGCACUGGGAAGCACGGUGCUGCUCUGUGCUGAACCUUAUUGUACACCUGCGCAUCCACUGUAACGGUGUAGUAGUGACUUUUUUUAUUUCAAUGGAUACUGUGGUAACGUGUUUUGUUUAUAAAUCACAAAUAAAGUUUUCUUUCUUAAAUAUCUUAA